UGUCAGAUUCAAAAACUAUUACUCGAGAAGCAGGCGUGGGCCGGCGCCGACGCCGACUUCGAGCAUUUUGGCAAAGUAAAGCGCUAGGGCCGUUGAUUGUCCUUGUUUCCAGGAUUGUUCGGUUCAGAGCUCCUUUCUCUUCUUUGCCUAGGAAGGACAUUUUAUCCAUAGUCACAGUAAUGGCAGCUGAAGUACAAAUGGUACUUUACGAAGAUGAUUCAGUGCAAGUACAAUACGUUGAUGGUUCCAGAUUGCAGCUUUCACCCUGUGGUUCUGAAUUUUUAUUUGAAAAGGCACCACCUAUUUCAGCACAUCCUUUAGAACAACCAGAAAGAAUUCGCCAAAGGACACACUUUGUAAUCAGCACUUACCGAGAGCAGCUACAGCGAGCCCUAGAUUUUAGAAAUUCUUUUGCUACUUGCCCUUUUUUAUCUGCAAACAUCAUACCUUCUGAAAGAAAAAAGCGUAUCUUCAUUGACAUCACAGAAGUGAGAUGGCCGGGUCUUGAUACUGAUGACAGCAUGAUAUGUAUGCAGAGUGGCACUGUGAAAGUAUCAUCCUUAGAUGGUCACGCAUACCUUUGCCUGCCCAAAUCUCAGCAUGAAUUUACAGUACAUUUUUUGUGUAAAGUAAGCCAGAAGCCAGACUCACUUGUAAUACUGUCAGAAAAAAAUAAUCAAGCCCGAAAGGACAAACUAGUUGAAAAAGCUGGCAAAAUCUAUACAUAUGGAAGUUUAUCAGGACAGAGACUGAAGAAUAAAGAAAAUGAACUUUAUUAUGAGAUCAUGAAAUCCAGAGAUCCUUUAGAGAAGAAGAGUUGUAUAAAUGGAACUGAAGGGAGGGAGGAGCUGGCUUCACCUGUUACAAAACACACACCCAUCUACACAUGGGUAAAGCAGUGCUGCUCUGUGGACUCUUGUCCAGAGGAAUGGAAAUACCCUUUGUUUUUAGCACUUUGUUUUCAGAAUAAAAUCAGCAGUAUGUCUGGAAUUGAUGCACAUGUCACCCAGGAGAGAAUUUUAACUUCUGAGAUUUCCAAGGAAGGAGGAAGAGAAGUUUCUGUUCUUCCCACCCUGUUACUGAGCUGCCCUGUCCCACACCUGCACAGGUGGAAUUUUUGUGAUUCACUUUCACAGAGACAGUUUGGUGAAGAAUAUUCCUAUCCUGAAUUAGUAAAAGUGGUUUGGUACAAAGGUACUAUCUAUAGACUUAACCAUAAAAAUAUGAACUCAAUAGAGAUUUAUCCGGGAGAUGGAUCUGUUUUCAAAUCAGAAGGAGCUUAUUUAGGGAACUAUUUUACAUAUUAUUCUAUUCAAGAAGGAUCAGAAGAGAGACAAGAGAAAACAUAUUCAGUAAAUAACCUUCCUCCAGAUAGACCAGGAAGAAUGUUCUCUGUGUGUUCUCUAAUGGAACAGGCAACCAGAAUUCUUCAACAUUGUGCCAAGACGAGGCUUUCUUUAAGCCAUAACUAUCGUAUAUGCUGCUGGAAAAUGGUUCCUGGGAUAAAUGAUAGCAAUAUACUGCCUUUGCUUUUGAGAGAAUCGGUCAUACCCACUGUGGGAAGGUUUCUUGCAUACUCUGAUGACAAAGUACAUGCUAUCUUUUUAGAUGGCAUUACUCUAACCCUGAAUUGGAAUUUCAGCACUUUUAUUCAAAAGAGACAGGUAAAUCGGGGUCUCAACUUAGGUUGGUGUAAGUUAACUUUUCCUGAUGGACAAGAUAAGUUAAUUCAGAUUCAACACCCUGGACCAUAUGAAAGAUAUGUGGCAACAGUAAUAUCAUGGUGCAGAAGACUGACCCAGACUAGUCAGAAGGAGAUACCCAGGCAUCCUUCAUCUUCUUUUCCUGAAGAAAACUGGUCUGUGGCUUCUGAACUUGAAAAGAUACAGAAGUUUAACUUGUUACUGGAGAAUAGUGGUGUCCUAAACCAUAUUUCUAACAAGAAAAAUGAACAGUCUUCAGAUCAUUAUAAACCCAAAUCUUCAGAACUCUUGCUAAAAGAAGUUAAUGAAAACAGUGUAUCAGUGGCAUUGAGAAAAACCUCUGAAAUCCUUCAGGAUAUUGACUCUCUUCUAUCAAACUCCAAAAGGUAAAAAAUAUUAAACCUUGAGGAUGUUAUUUCAAGUGACUGAUAGAAAAUUACUAGAAAGCCAAAAACUGAUCUGUAUGACUUUUGUACAUUGAUUACUUAAUGAGAACUUGAACUUAAGGAGAGAUUUUACACUAACUUGUAAAUUUUAAAUGUAUAUUUAUAUUUUAUUAAUAAAGAACUAUUUAAAAUUUUUGAAC